GAGCGGAAGCACGAGGAUGCGUUCGUGGAGUUGCAGUGGGAGAGGGCGGGGAACGCCCGAUGUAAAGGAGGAAUGUGCCUCGAGUGCGAGGAGCCGAAGAAGCACCUCAAGUGCGCGCGCUGCGGCCAGGAGCAGUUGCGGGUCGAAUUUUCCAAAGCGGAGCAGUGCAAGGACGAACCCAUUUGCAAGUCGUGUAAGAAAUUUGUGAAAAAGGAGGAGAAGGCGCGGGCCGAGGCCGAAGAACGGGUGGCAUGCUCAAAGUGCGGUGAGUCGAAGAAGAAGGCAGAGUUUUCUAGGCACAAGUUGGACCACACGGACACGGGCAAGGCACGGGAGUUCUUUUCGGAUCGCAUGUGGAGCGACGCGGCUAAUCAGGACCGGAAGUGUACUGCGUGCGUCGACGCCGAGGCUGCAGAGCGGGUCGCAAAAUCUUGGAAGUAUUUGAAGAUUUGCCCGGUGUGUGGGGAGGGCAAGGCACGGGAGUUCUUUUCGGGUCGCAUGUGGAGCGACGCGGCUAAUCAGGACUGGAAGUGCAUUGCGUGCGUCGACGCCGAGGCUGCAGAGCGGAUCGCAAAAUCUAGGAAGUAUUUGAAGAUUUGCGCGGUGUGUGGGGAGGGCAAGGCACGGGGGUUCUUUUCGGAUCGCAUGUGGAGCGACGUAGCUAAUCAGGACCGGAAGUGCGUGCGCUGCAUCGAGGGGGCGAGGGUGGGCGCCAAAGUUUGCGCGGUGUGCGGGGAAAGUCAGGGGGGCGAGUUCUUUUCGAGUCGCAUGUGGGCCGACGCGGCUGAUCAGAAGCGCAAGUGCAAGCGCUGCAUCGAGGGG